AUGGCCACGAUCAAGGCCAUAGCAGGCAGCGCAGUGCACCAGAUACAGUCUGGUCAGGUCAUCGUCGACCUCAACUCCGUCGUCAAGGAACUGGUCGAGAACAGUCUCGACGCGGGUGCCACCUCCAUCGAAGUGCGCUUCAAGAACCAGGGUCUGGACAGCGUCGAGGUGCAAGACAAUGGCACGGGAAUCGCAGCGGACGACUACGCCACGAUCGCCCUGAAGCAUUACACGUCCAAGCUUUCCAGCUACGAAGACCUGACUUCUCUCGACACAUUCGGCUUCCGUGGCGAGGCGCUGUCAUCACUGUGUGCAUUGUCAGACUUCCGCAUCCUGACUGCGCGAUCUGAAGAUGGUGCUCUCGGCAAGAGGUUGGACUUCGAGGUAUCUGGCAAGCUAAAGGGACCCUCGGUCGCAGCUGCCCAAAAGGGUACCACGGUAUUUGUCGAGCAUCUGUUCCACAAUCUGCCAGUCCGAAGGAAGGAGCUCGAGAAGAACAUCAAGCGCGAAUAUGGCAAGGCCGUCAGCCUGCUGUACGCCUAUGCCUGCAUAUGUGUCGGCGUACGCUUCUCUGUCAGCAACUUGAUGCCGAAAGGCAAGAAGCUUCCAGUCUUCUCCACGAAGUCGAACACAACCACCAAGGAGAAUAUCACCAAUGUCUUUGGUGCGAAGACUUUGCUCGCGCUGAUCAAGCUGGACUUGAAGCUCGACAUGUCACCAAGCCUUGCUCCAAGCACACAGAGCGCCCGCAACUGCUCGACACAGGCAACUAACCGCUCCUCCGAGGUCCAGCUGCAAGGCCACAUCUCAAAGCCCACCUUCGGCGAAGGCCGACAGGCUCCCGAUCGGCAGAUGUUCUUCGUCAACUCAAGGCCUUGUUUGCUUCCGCAAGUGUCCAAGGCCAUCAACGAGGUCUACAAGUCCUUCAACACGUCACAGUCACCUUUCAUUUUCGCCAACUUGGUCAUGGACACGACUGCUUAUGAUGUGAACGUCUCACCGGAUAAGCGCACCAUCAUGCUUCACGACCAGACAGCUCUGUUGGAGACACUCAAAGCUGCACUUACGGACUUGUUCGAAAACACAGACCACACUGUGCCACAGUCGACAUUACCAACCAAAAAGCUCCCUGCUUACCAACCGCUGAGUGUCACACGGAAGCAAUCUACGCAGUCGCAGACUCAAGCUUCAGAACAUAGUGAGGAUGCCGCAGAAGAUGGCGACGACGCUUCAUCUGAGGAGGAGGAGUCGACAGCGGAUAGCAAACCUGCCAUACCUGUCGGCACUCCCUCCGGGCUCAUACACAAGUGGCUCGCUCGUGAUACCGAAACGCGAAGCGAUAAACAGUCCUCGAGGAUGCAGACGGUAGGGCUGAGCAAAGACAAGCAAAAGCUGGUGGAGAAGUUGCGCGAUAAGUCGCAAAUGCCUGCAAACAAGGCAAAUCUGAGCAUGUCAAGAUCGCAAGAGCCACAAGCUGCUUCCAUCGCUGAUAAUAUCCAAAGCAACCUUGGCGCAGAGACACCACCCUCACCCGCAUCCCUCGGCGGUGUUGUCGACAAGCCGCGCGUUGACGCCGUCCUCAACCCAGAUCCCAUGAGCACUCCGUAUGGUGAUCUCUUCUCGCAGCCGCCACCUGCUCUCUCACGCCAAGCCCAGCACUUCAAUGCGCAGAUCGAGCGAGUCCGCAAGGAUUAUGAGAAUUCGAAGACUUUGGGAAAGGCUGGUUCCCGUUCGGGAAGUCCACUAUUCGAGCCAGAGACGUCCAAUACGAAUGAUCAGCCGGACGUUGACCCACGACAAGAUACACCACACUCAGCCAUUCCGGUUAUCACGCCUGCUUCUCAAAAAGUCGGAUCCGGCCCUGUGCAGAAUGCCUUCGACAAGAUGAGACCUAAGCGGACGCCACACCAAAUAGCCCAAAUCACAGUAGGCGACGUCGCUACGACGACUGUCAUAGGAAGCAGUCCGCCGUACAAGAAGCGCCGUAUACACAAGCCAGACGACUCGCAGGCUGUGUCAAAGUUUGGCGCAAGCCCGCUGCUGGCUCGUGGCCUGAAGAAGAACUUCGCUGCGCCCGGUUCGCAGCUGGAGGCGGAUAUCGAUAGUAGUGCAAUGUCACAACUUCCCACAGUAACAAGGCCGUCGGAGCAGUAUUCGCAGUCUGACCCGGAAGAUGAAGACGAGGACCAAGAGGAAGACAAUCCGCCAGCGACUUCUACUCGGUCAAGAAACCCCGGAGCUGCUCAUGUUGAGCUGCCAACAUCCGACGCUCUUGAUGAUCUUCUACCAGCUCCCGCUAAUGACGACGAAUGGGACGAAGAGUAUCUCGACGAAGAAGAAAAGAAGACCAGGGAGGACGAGCGAGUCGCAAGGCUGAUACAAAAAGCAGAAGAAGCGGCAGCGAGGCCGACAGAGGAUAACCUGAAGCGAGCUUCUCACGUCCUUAAGUAUGGCGGGAAGCGCAAAGAUGCAACCUUGCGUCUUGCUCGUUUCGUACAGACCUCGUCAAGCGAGCUUCAGAAGCAGCUUGCACAGUUUGGACAGUCAUGUCAGGUACAGACAACGUCACCAGCCGAUCAGCAGAGUGCAGUGAUCAAGGACGAAAUCGACGAUAGUGAAGCUGAGAGUCGGCUGUCUCUGACCGUCAUCAAGUCUGACUUCGAGCGAAUGGUCGUUCUUGGCCAAUUCAACUUGGGCUUCAUACUCGCACUCAGACCCGCGGCGGAACCUGGUGGCGAGGAUGACAUCUUCAUCAUUGAUCAGCACGCCGCUGAUGAGAAGUACAACUACGAACGCCUUCAGCGCACUGUAACCUUACAGUCACAGCGACUCGUCAGGCCCCUUCCACUCGAACUCACCGCAGUCCAAGAGGAGCUUCUCCUCACACACUCGGAUGCCCUCAAGGCCAACGGCUUCGAAGUUGAAACGACUUCAUACAUUACUGAUGAUGAUGAAAACGUGUCACCCGGUCGUCGCUGCCGUCUCUUGACACUGCCAAUGUCGAAAGAAAAGACCUUCGACCUCUCAGACCUCGAGGAACUCCUUCAUCUUCUAAGCGAACAGCCCACAGGCAGCUCCUUUAUCCCCAGGCCGAAGAAGGUCCAGCGGAUGCUUGCUAUGCGUGCUUGUCGCAGCAGCAUCAUGGUAGGCAAGACACUGACUUUCAAGCAGAUGGAGAAAGUGGUUCGGCACAUGGGCGAGAUGGAGAAGCCGUGGAACUGCCCGCAUGGAAGACCGACGAUGCGGCAUUUGGCUGGACUUGCUGAGUGGCGUGGCUGGCAGGAAGGGGACUCGAUUGAUGAGGAUCAGCUUGAUUGUUGUAGUAUCCAUACACAGCAGGGACGAACUACGGACUGGGCUGCUUGGCUGAAGAGGAAGGCAAAUUGA